AUGCAGAAUAUUAUUCAUAUAACAACCAAAGUAAUUAUAUUCACACGAACAUCAUCCUAUGUAAUUGGUCUAAAUCAACAAUCAAAAAAAGAAUUAUUUACUAAUAAUAGUGAAAAACUAGAAAUUCUAAAUUUGGUAAGUAUUCAAUGUAUUAACUUUGAUUGUUUAAAACAAAAAAAAAAACAAUUUGCAUUUAUGCGUUUUUUUAUACUGAUCAAAACAGAAUAUCGUAUCAUAGUAGAUUCCAUUACAAGAUCGGAUAUUGUUUGUUACUAGCCAAUUUUGAGAAAAAAUAGUGCAU